AUGGCUUCCGAACGAGAAGAAGACGUCAUUGAUGAAAUGAACAGUGAUCUGGAAGAAUCGGAUCUGGAAGAAGAGGAGGGGCUUCUAGAGCCAUGCUUCAAAUACCAGCGAGUUGAAGGUCCCGAUAUGAAGCAGUUGCAGGCCACUCAGAUAAUAACUGCCAUCACUGUUCAUCUGAAACUCAUUGCGAUCGGAACGCAACAAGGUUAUUUAUGGAUAAUGGAUCAUUUUGGCCAUGUCGAUCACAAACACUUGCCGAUGACUCGUCCACAUAGAAGCGCUGUUAUCAAGUUGUCGAUGGAUAGUGAUGGAAACUAUGUAAUGAGUUGUGGAAGCGAUGGACGAGUUGUCAUAUCAGGCUUAGGAUGUGACAACUUGAAUUAUGUGCUGAAUUUGUCAACUGUGCCACGUUGUAUAGCGAUAAGUCCUCUUUUCUCCAAAUCGGGUUCAGUGCCGAUGUUCGCUGUCGCCGAAAGGAAAUUGGUAAUUUACGAGAGAAAAUUUCUCAAGUAUAGGGAUACCAUAAUCUAUUCUGGUCAAGAGAGAAAUGGUGAUAUUAUGGAAUGUUCAUGGCAGCAAUCACUUAUAGCAUUUACUAACUGCGGGGGAACUACAAUUUAUGAUAGAGAAGUGGGAAAACUGAUUUCGCUUAUACCUCCAUCACACAGCGGUACGGGUCCCGCCAAUAAUUUCCUACAGUAUCCUGCGUCACAUUGCUGGAUAGACGAUGCUUUGUUGGCCGUCGCAUGGGCGGAUACUCUUACCAUAGCCAAGGUAGUAGCGGAAGAAGGGGUGAAAAGCGUGGAAAUUUAUUUUCAGUGGAACCUGGAUAUGUUCUGUACAGGAGUAUCAUACGCUGUAAGAAAUUCUGAAGAAUUUCCGAAUAUGGUAGUUUUUGGAUUACGGUAUGGUUGCGAAUUGGACGCUAAUCUACCAACCAGUUCUUCUGCUCCAGAAGAGAAUAGUUCGAAUCCACAAGUCCAACUUUGCCUAUUUGAACCUAAAACUUUUUCGUCCUACUCCCUCCUAGCAGAGGAUGGACUAACCCUGUCAACAGGCAAUCUUACCCCUCAGCCAUCCCACUUUACUAUGGCGGGUUUACCCACUUGCGAGUGCUACUUCCUUGCUGGUCCUAGUGACCUCAUUACAGUAACCCGCUACAGUACUGCGGACAGGAUUCGUUGGAGGAUAGAAAACGACCUCUGGGAAGAAGCUUGGGAGUUGAUGUGCGAGAAGGAGACAGACUUGGGAGAUUUUGAAUGGGACAGGAAGUCUCUAGGAAGAGCGAUGAUUGAGAACUUCAUCGCGUCUGGAAAACCGCGACGAGCAGCGGCUAGGCUGGCAGAAGUUUGUGGAACAAUGAAGACAGAGUGGGAGUGGGCUGUUCAGACAUUCGAACCAGCUCAAUUGGAGAGGGAAUGCUAUGAAACGGCGCUUUUGGCAGCGCUCUACAACGACGUGGGUCUUUUUAAGCGUCUCAUCUUGGACUGGUCUCCAAGCCUAUACCGAGCUGGGUAUAUCACUGGAAUUACCCUGAAGCGUAUCCAAGAGAUAGCUUCAUCUCAAUCUGAACCAAAUAGUCCACUUCAAAAUGAUGAAAUUUCUCUCUACCAAGCGCUGGCACAUCUUUAUCUACAUGAAAGAAACUACAGCUCUGCCUUGAAGAUCUACUUCACCUUGAAAGACCCUCGAAUAUUUUCGGUAAUCGACAAUUACCAACUUUUCGACCAGGUUAACAAUUAUUUACCGGAGCUUCUGAGUAUCAACGAAGAUCAAGCUGUACGACUGUUUCUAGGAAACGAAGAUAAAUUUUCUCCUUCUUUGGUCGUAGCUGCCACAGCUCAUCAAUCAAAACUUCAACUGGCUUACCUAAGCCAGCUUUUGAACAAAAAUGAAGCUGCUGAAUAUGCUGACCUGGCCAUUCGCCUAUUUGCAGAUCACGACAAGGAAAAGCUACUACCCUUUUUGAGAAAAAAUGAAAAUUAUAAGAUUCAUAAAGCUCUGGACAUCUGCCAGCAGAAAAACUACGUGGAAGAGACGAUUUUCUUAUUAGGCAAAAGUGGAAAAUACGCCGAAGCUUUGGACCUGCUGAUGAAGAGCUAUGAUCGACUAGAAAAAGCGUUGGAAUUCUGCCAAGAGCAAGACGAUGCUGAUUUAUGGACCAGACUGAUUGAUGAAGUUGUUAAAACACCCGAUCGUGUAAAUUACCUACUCAAUAAUGCUGGAAGCGGUCUAGACCCCCUUCAAAUUAUUGCGAAAAUUCCGCCGACCAUGCCCGUGCCAGGGUUACGAGAUGCCCUGAUAAAAGUUCUGCGCGACUAUGCGGUUAAAUUUACUCUGCAGAAGAACUGCCGAGAAGCAACCCGUGCAGACGUUCGUGAGCUUCUUACGCUGUAUUUAGAAAACCAAGCAUUAUCCGCUUAUGGACAGCAAGUCCCGAAUCCGCAACGAGCUGAACUUCUUAUGUAA